AUGGAAGUUUUCAUGGAUUACUGCUCUGUAUUUGGUGCUUCAUUUGAUUUGUGCUUGGAAAACUUGGACACCGUACUAAAGCGGUGUGUGAAAACCAAUAUGGUACUUAAUUGGGAGAAAUGUCACUUCAUGGUGACUGAAGGAAUUGUCAUUGGGCACAAAAUUUCAUCAAGAGGAAUUGAAGUGGACAAAGAAAAUGUGGAAGUUAUUGAGAAGCUACUAAAAUUCAUCAAAGAAUUCUCCAAGAUUGCCAAGCCAUUGAGCAAUCUCUUGAAUAUGGAUUAUUCUUUUCUCUUUGAUAGUUCAUGUUUAAAAGCUUUUGAACAAUUAAAACAAAGUUUGAUUUAUGCUUUUGUUAUCAUUGCUCCUGACUGGAAACUUAACUUUGAACUCAUGUGUGAUGUAGCUAUCAAAUAUCUCUUAACAAAACCUUAUUCUAAACCAAGACUAGUAAGAUUGCAGGAAUUUGAUUUAGAGAUCAAAGACAAGAGCGAAAAGGAAAAUGCGGUAGCUGGCCACUUAUCAUGGCUAGUGAAUGAUAAGGUAACCCCAAAAGAAAAUGAGAUAACAUAUGUAUUCCCUGAUGAGAAGUUUUCUCUAGUUCAGGAAAGGCCAUGGUUUGCUUAUAUGGUCAACUUCAAAGCUGGAUGCAACAUCCCUGAUGAAUUCAACUAUCAUCAUAAAAAGAAGCUUCUUAGGGAUGCUACUCAAUUCGUGUGGGAUGAUCCUUAUCUAUUCAAAGCAGGAGUUGAUGAGAUACUCAGAAGGUGGGUGGAAGCAGUGGCAACCCCAAAAGCUGAUGGCAAAACUGUAAUCAAAUUCCUAAAGAAGAACAUUUUCAACCGUUUCGGAGCACCGAGGGCGAUUAUUAGUGAUGGAGGUUCUCACUUUGUCAAUUCUCAGCUAGGCAAGGCAUUGGAGCAUGAUGGAGUCAAACACAAGGUGAACAUAGGAAGAAUCAACUACACCAGUUGGAGUAAAUGA